ACGACAUCGGCGGGUCCUCGGGCGGGAUGAACCAAAACACAGUUUCCGUCCAGCCUCGGCAGUUCAGUCAUCUUUACGGAGCCGAGCCAAGACGGCAGUGCGACCUUCGACAACGUAGUGCUUCCGGGAAAAGUUCUUCAGAAAAAAAAACAACCAAAUCUCACCCCGGGAGUCAUUAGCCUUUCGCCAGAGUGGUCCAUCGUAAGGAGACAGUAGUCUCGGUUGUGGAAGCGACACAAAGGGAACAAAGCCAAGCUACUAGCCCGUUCGCCACGGAGUUUAGCAUUAACCAAAGAAACAUGGAUUCGUCGUCGUUCUCCAUGAGUCCAAAUAUUUGUCAAGGCUUGCUACAUUAAACUGCUUCCUAUCGUAAUCGGACGCAGGCUGGCAGAGACAGCCGCCCCAACAGCAGCAACCGGGGAUUUUAUCUCGAAAUUGCUGAUAGUCCCCCAGCAAACCACGUAACAACGGUGGACGAACAACGGCGAGCAUUGACCAUGUCGGUCACUGGCGGAGGGGGGCUUGGUGUCGCCGGUGGAUCAGCAUCGGCGGUGGCCGCUGCAAUGCUGAAAUCACCCCAAACCGCACUACAGCUGCUGCUGGAGGAAAUCAACUUUCAGCGCACGAAGGAGAUGAGACAGUUGCUGAAAGAUGAUGGUGGAUUUGUGGUGCUACAGGGCACCACCUACUGGACGGAUCUGUUCGUGCGUCACUUUCUGUUCCAGUCCGAACCGGAGCACAGCAUCGAUUGCGAUGAUUUGCUGUUUUUCGUCCGCAAAAAGCACAUCAAGGGCUCGUCGCGAACCAUGCCAAAGUACGAGACGGAGAUCGAGGUAUUCCGGAAGGAUUCGCGCAAACUCCCGAUCGGUGACCCGGACGUCGACUGGGAGGAAACGGUCUACCUGAACCUGGUGAUCCACCAGUUCAACUACACGCUCACGCUGGCCAUCUGUACCCGGACGUCGCCGAAGGAGCUGCAGGUGCUGCGGCGCCACUCGCAGAAGGUGUACGCUUCGCCGAGCCGCAGAAAGAUGGACACCAAGGGUGACAGUGAGGAGAUCACCUAUCCGCACAUCUGCUUUAUGGUGGACAACUUUGACGAGGUGUUCCACGAUAUACUGGUGCGCGAUGGUGAGAUGGUUUGUGUGGAGCUCGUCGCUACCGAUCGGGAUGGGAGCGUGCAGGGUGUGAUCUUCCUCGGUUCAAUACGGUACGAUGCCCUGAAGCGGGUCUACGAUGCCAGGCAAUCCAGUCUUGGCUCGAAGGUUGCGCAAAGGAUGUCCUUCGGGUUGUUCAGCUCCGGUGGUCCACAAACGCGCUGUGAGUUUGUGCGCAUGAAAGGCCCACAGGGCAAGGGCCACGCCGAGAUGGCAGUUACUAAACCAAAGGGUUCCGGUGUCGAGACACCGACCAGCGAACCGGGCUUCUGUGCUACGGACAUGUGGGACUCGGAAUGGGAGGAAGACUGCGAGGAGUACUACAACUAUCGCCACCAGCGAAGGCUGAGUGAUCCGAGCGCCAACCUGAACAACUUCAGCCGGUACGGAUGGCGAACGAAAAAUCCAGCCGAAGGCUCCUGUUCAACGUCUUACGGUGGUUCGAAGGCUCGUUCGGAGAACGAGGGUUUGGACUGUUUGGCCAACGAAGUGUCCGAGAUUGAGGCCGGCGACCUGCGUGACGAUCGUCCUGCUUCCUCGGUCGUCGUAUCGGAUACAGAGCUACCGGUCGCAGCGGGAACCUGUGGCUCCAACGUUCCAUCAUCUCCGCCAAAAGCAGGUCCUACGGCCGAUGGCCAAUCAUCCCCGCAACCGAUUGCUGCUCAGUCCUCUAUCAAUGGUGGUGGUGGUGGUGGUAGUGCUGCUGCUGCUGCAAAUGCUGCUACCGGUUGUUGCAAUUGUUUCGGAAUGCGAAAACGGUGCGACCGGAAAGCGGAUACCGAUUCAAUCCAGAUGUCCGACGUGUACACACCCUGUCCCAAGUGCCGGCCGGAUACCGACAACGGGGAAGUAGCCAACGGACCAAAAAGGAAGGCAACAGCGGAGGAAAUAGAAUUGCAACGGUUGCAAUCACUCGAGCUACACGAUUCACCGGCCUGUCUGGCGACCGUCUCGAAGGGUCGAUCACCAUUGAUGAAGCACCGGAAUGUGCUGAUCGUCGAGAGUGAGCUUGAGUUCGCGGGCGGUGCUAAGGUACGCACUGGGCCGGCAUCGAACGAUAAGGCGAAAAAGAAACCUCCAUCCACCGGGACGGUGCAGCAGCUGGGUGUUAAAAAGCGUGACAAUAGCGCCAAAACGGUGCAGAGUCCAAAGAAGCGCUUAAGCACACCGAUCUUUCGCUCGAAACGCUUCAACGGAGAUGCGACGCCAGCGGGAAAAUCGAAUCCCACGAUGGCUAGUGAGACACGGUCCAAGUCCAGUUCCUGCAGUAACAGUAACCAGCUCAACAACAAUAAUCCUCCGACGCAUCCGCAUGCGACCAGGAAUGGACGACCGGCUUCGUCGGUCAUCACAUCCACCGUACCGACGACGGAAGCCACCGAAGCCACGGAGGAGUACGAGCUGGCCGAUGAUGCCGUUUCGUUGAACGAUUUCGAGACCGGCUCGGAGGUGACUGCUAAGCCGGAAAUGGAACCAGUCGAUCCGAAACAGCUGAUACGGGUCAAUGGGAAGGAAGAGUUCCCGGUCGAGAGGAACGGUGGCGGUGGCGGUGGCGGAACGAACGGAAACGAACGAUCCACCGUACGUAGUAGCCAGCCAAAGGCCACGACGGUUGUAGCAACGCAACACAUUAAAGAACACCGGGAAAGGCGCACUUCCGGUGGCCGUACCGUCGUACAGUCGACGGUACGUGAGACAAUAACCAGUGGCGGAGCCGGUAGUCGCUUUUCGAUGAUCUAUCGCCGGAGCAAAUCCUCUUCUGCCACCUCAGUGACAGCCACUAACGUCGUUUCGUCGGGAAAGGAGAAGAAAGAUGAUAAACGAAAGGCGGAUAUCGUACGGAAAGGGAAGCAUGAUCACACCCCCGUCCCGGUAGUGCAGCGAGAGCAACAAGCUAGUGAGAAGAACGUGGAACAGUCAUCCGAUGAAACAAUGUCCGUUCAGCAGAAGUCUCCACAGGACAACGGUGAUCCAGCCACGGAGCCACCACCACAUCCAGAAGAAACUAAUCAGAAUAUCAAGGAUCCUCUUUCCACCGAACGUGAUAUUAAUGGAAAUCCGGGUUCUGAGGGUGUUACUCCUGCAGCGGCACCGGCCACAACGACGACCGAAGAGACUACCGAGGAGAACGAUUUGAGCAAUCGUGCCAUUUGGGCAGCGUUGAAGGAUCUCCGGGCGAAGAAGGAAUGCUCCACGCUGCCGAAGAUGAAGAAACCCAGCUACAACAGUUUCUACGAACGUCCCUCGAUCCCUGGCUGUACCACCAAGCAGCAGACGCAGCAUUCACUACAGCAGCAACAACAGCAGCAGCAGCACCAUGGUUCCCCUGCGGUCACCACCAUCGAGACCAUCCCGAUGCGGCGCACUCCGGAUGGCACCAACAUCUACUAUCUGUGCGAUUACCAUCCGAAGCGGCACCAGGGUAAUAAAGAGCUAGACGAUGGAGCUUAUAAUCCACUCUGGACAACGAAGGGAUUUACCCAAACGUUCCAUUUCUGGAAGGAGAACCGUCGGCAGCAGUCGACACCAUUGAACGCGUUCUUGACGUACGUGACGCUUCCCUGGUGGAGCAUUGCCAAGGAUCUUCUGGACCACCGAGAGCAACCGAUUCUAACGUUUUAAUGACGUCAAGGCGCAACGUGCGUGACAGACCUCAACAUAUACACACCAGAGCCGUAUUUUAGCGUCACAAACUCCUACGUUGCGUCCGGGGGAUGUAAUAGGGCGAAAGAAACAGUGCUCGAACAGUGCUAGUCACAUCACGAAUCUUCCGAUCACACGAUCGAUAGAUUCCCACUUAAUUAUACAGAUAAAAUCGAACAAACUAAGCCAGCAAAAGAUAAAGAGAUAGCGCCGAGCCGAGCAGAACGUGUUCCGGGUCGCGGUGAACACACUUUUCGUGAUUUCCUCCAACGGGGGGAAACGCUAAAGCACAUUCCAAGGGAUUGACAUGUGUUAAAGGCCAGCUCUUUUGCUUUAAAAAUGGGUUUUUAAUCUCUUUUUUUUUACCAUUCGGCUAAUUAUUUCUGAAUCUCAACACUCGCUCCGGUGAGCAUAAGACAGAGUGUUACUCUGUACACGGAGCUCGAGAGAAAGAGAGUUCCAGUGAUGGACCGUAACAUCCAGCUAAAAUCCAAAGUUAUCCGUUUGCAAUGUGCUCUCUGGCAACUCAUUAAUAGGUCGAUUGGUUUUGUUCAUCUAUUCAUCGCCGGUCGAUCGAUCAAUGAACCGAUCAAUUCGAACCUUCUUUGUUUAUACGGAGCUUCUUUGUUUUAUACUAAGUAGAAAUCUUGAUAAACGUACUCAUCACUCUCAUUGUCAGCUUUAAAUUUUUAAUCCGUUUGUUUGUUUGAUUGGCUGAGUGGGAUUGGUUACGUUUCCAAAUACUUUUAGUGUGAUGGAGAGUACAGUAGAAAGGGGCAACUGCAUAAAUUUCAUCUUACUCAUCGAUUGCUUCCGACACAAAGGCAGGCAUUAAUUAAUUGGGGGGUAACUGGGAUGUAUACACUUAAUGAGGAAAUGAGAAAAUAAACUGCAACAUUGCAUUCCAUAGACAUUUGCAAAAAACUACAACAACUAACGCGUUUCUACGACGUCUUUCCAAAGAGU